AAAUGAAUUGAUAUCGCGUUUACGCGUUUUUGUGCCGUGCUUACCAGGCCAAAUGGGGAUAUUGUAAAACGAUGAAAGUUUAUAUGGCAAAUCGUAUGACAUUUGAAAGCACCAAUCCACAAUGCAUCGUCGAUCAGGUAACAGUUCCAAAAUUGGUACAGAAACCGAUGAAACUAACUGUAAUAAGAUUAUAUGUUUUAUAAUAUUUAAUAAUAAUCCUAAAUUUCAACAUACACCCAAUGACGAUGAAGCCGGAUAUAACAGUGCCCUAGAUGAUUUUGUAAACAUCAUAAAAAUUACUAUAAAAAUUAACUUCAUUUCCACAAAAUACUGACGAGUUGUGCUUUCUAUAAUGAUUUCACUUUUAAGACUGAUUCUUAAAAAAGUAAACUCAAAUCAAAUCUCCCACAAUCAAAAAACUAAGUAAUUGAAAUGAAGAUGUUAACAUUUGUAUUCGUGGACUUGUGAAUGUGGGUUUUGUUAAAGUGUGUCAAGUUUGAUUAACGAGUUUUUGUGCGCUUGUUAACAAACGAAUUUUGUUUAAUGUCGUUUACUGGUAAAUAAGAAAAAUAAACAAGAUUUCCAAUAAAAUGUUCUUGCAAGAUUUACUUUCAUAAGUUUACUCUAGUUUCACUUUACAAUCGGGUACGUAAAGAACAAUUGUGGUCCUCUAUUUCGAAAUAUGCGUGUAAUACACAUUUUACUGUUUUUCUGUAUAGUGGCCUUGACUCAGUGGACGGAAUGCGUCUUCGGUGAAACGAAUUUAAUAGAUACGAAUGAGAAAUCUACUUUGAGACCAGUAGUGGAACGAGUGUUUUCACGCAAGAAAAGAUGGAUGCUAUUUCCCAAAGGAGCAAACCUUAAGUUUACUUUAAACGUUAGUAAACGUCUGUUGGCCAUGUAUCCAAAAGGAUUUAAUUUUAAUUUUGAAGCGGCAAUUUACUAUCCCAUGCCUUCAGCUAGAAUUGACCUAAUACCUAAGAGAUUUAGAAAACCCACUACAAAAGCACCUGCACCUAAAGGACCUACACCACUUUACUUGGUUGGAAUACCGGGGUCCCUUAUAAAAUAUCGUGCCAAACCGGCUACUAAGCCAGCAAAGGUACAACGUAUUGACCAAAAUAUCUCAUCAUUACAAUGGGUAUCCUCACCAUCAGCUUCCUUAUCCAAUACGUAUUACAACAAAUCGCAAAAAUGGUCAAAAUACAGUUCUCCUGAGUAUUUGAAAAACUAUCAGUGGACCCCAGAAAAGCAACAAAAAUAUGUGAAUAAAUAUUUCGAUUAUAAUAAUAAAUGGAGUCGAUGGUCUACAAAUACAAGGACGCCUCAUUCGGUACAAAAUCCCUCUUUUAAUAACCAGUGGAAUCCUCGGCCGCGUUACAGUAGGGAUGUAGCAGACGUCGAUGACUCGUUUUCAUCAAUUGACGACUAUCAUCACAAGGAAUAUGAACCCAUUUACUUUGAAGAUCUAGAACCCUUUGAAGAUUCCCCUCACUAUCAUUCCUAUCGUGGUCGUAGAGAACUGUUUCAUCACUUUGAAGGGUUUUCAAAAAUUUUAGGAAUUGAUAUGAAGUCUUGUAUCUUGCGAGCAGUGUGUGAUAGUAAACGAUUUCUUUUGCCUCCUGGUUAUUCCAUGAUCCAGGAUAUACUGCGCGUAGUUUUUACAUUUCCUACAAUUAAUGGUUUAAAAGAUGAUUACACCCGCAUAAUGGAAGCAGAUUACGAAACUUGUGAUGCUCACGUUCAUAAUAAGUGUCCACUUAGUAUAUUAGAUUGGUUAUUAAACUCAAAAAAAUCCUUAUGAGUCAAAAUUAAACUAGAUAAUAAAAAAAACAAAGUACAAAGUACAUUUAUUUGAUCAAGUCCAAAUCGAUCUUGUUUAAUAAUGAAUUUUGAAUUAAAGAACAAAAUGAGAAGACCAUAAUGAAUCCUUGCAAAGAUUAUAGCGUCUAGUACAGUUUUCUUUUAAGGCAUUGGCCGUAUCAUAACGUUGCUCUUUA